AUGUUGACGUCUACUGAAUGGGAAUGUCUACCACGCUACAAUGGUACGUUGCAUACAGUAAUAGGAUUGACGACUCACGCAACCUCCUACGGCGACGCGAAUACGCACAGUGAGUCCCUUAUAUCAUGGGUAGCGCCAGCAGCGCCCCUGGCGGACACCAUCGACGAGAGGGUGGCAUUGCUUAGACACCAGUGUGCCAAGCUCGAGCGCGCCGGAGUAGAGAAAUCUCUGGCUGAGUACCCAUACACGUACAUGCACGUGUUCUGGCUUCCCCGACGCAAGCUGGUCUACUGCGAGGUGCAGAAGGUCGCAAGUACGACCUGGAAAAACGCGCUCCUGGCGUUAGAAAUGGCGCCUGCCGGCAGCAAGGCCGAUAUGCAGCAGUUCAACCGGCUUCCGUUGGAUUACGUGCACAUCGACACGAACGUGGAAAGGAACCUCCAGCGCGUUAGUCGAAUCGUGGACUUAGCGAAAAUGGCCGACAUGCUGAGCGCUCGCACGAAGUUUCUGUUCGUCAGGCAUCCGCUCGUUCGGCUGCUGUCGGCUUACCGCGACGAGAUCGCCGCAGGUUCCCGCUCGGAGAAAAUUCACCGCGAGCAGAUCGCUAUGAUACGGAAGCACUUCGCGCGCUCGCCGACGAACGCGAACGUCGGCGACGCGGUCAGCUUCGUGCAGUUUCUGACGUACGUCGCCGAGACGCCGACGCGCGAGUACAACUACCACUGA